AUAACAGGACUAGAAGCUGAUGAUGUGGGUCUAGACUUUUUCCGGGUUCUCUCUUCCACUGUUUCUUGCUUCUUGUACACAUGUAGAAUUGUGCCGCCCCUUGCAGGACUGGAGACGCACUGUGUGCAUGCAUGCAAACGGACACCAUAUGCAUAUACAGGACAGUUUUGUAUAGACACGUAUCUUUACAAACGCUUUUUGUCCUGAGGAUUUUUCUGCUUUUGAAUCCGAGUCGCAUUUGACCGUGUGGUGCAGCGCUGCGAGGUUACAACUUUAAGAGUGGGAUGUUUCUCAUAGCAGUGAUAAGAAUGAGGAAACGCCAGUAACGUUAGCUGUGAAUGUAAGCACAGCUCAAAGCUCACGAGUCUCUGGACACUCCCGUCCGUGUCCGUGUUCAUCCGUGGACGAAGGUCGACGGUCGACGGUCACACGGCUGGGCCGAUGGGAAAUCACUCACAGUCCAGCACCACCUCGCCAAAUGGCGAGGGUGAUGCGAACUCGGGUAACAAUAUUGCCUUUGUUCUGGUGCUUUUCUUCUUCCUGCUGGGGCUUCUGGGAGUCCUUAUCUGCCACAUCCUGAAGAGGAAGGGCUACCGCUGUACAACUGAGGCAGAGGAAGAUGAGGUGGAGAAAGAGGAGGACGAAGAGAAAGAUCCGGAAAAAGGAGAUCUGAACGACACCUUCAGUGAAGGCAACACUGACACGGUGGGCCAAAUUGUUCACUACAUCAUGAAAAAUGAAGCCAACUCCGAUGCACUCAAAGCCAUGGUUCAGGACAGUAUAGAAUCGGAGGGUGGCCCUGUGUCGCCCACCUCUCCGAACACACCCACCAGCCCAGAGAGCCCUGCACUGCCAGGGUUGCCGCCCAGCGCUGCCAAACACACCUGCAACCACCUGCACACCAUCGGAGGGAUCGGAGGACAUAAGAACAUCUGCAACCGCUGCAACCAGAAAAAAUGGCCUCUGAUGAGACGCUCAUCCAGCAAGAAACUGGACAGACGCAGUCACGUAGGAGAAGUCACAGUGUUGUCUGUAGGCAGAUUCCGGGUGACAAAGUGUGACCCCAAAUCGGCCCGGGAUAGGCGGACGUUAUUGAUCACUGAGCCCAAUGGCAGUGUCCCCCCUUCACCUGCUAACGCUGACCCCCCUGAACACAGCACAGGCCCAAAGUCACAAGAGAAAGAAGACAGUGCAAAGUGACAUCUGUAGAGUUCCAGCAGCUUCUCAGGUGACAUUUAAAAAAAACUUUUAAUCUGGAAGUUACAAUUCCAAAUAGGACUUAAGAGAGAUACUAUGACGAGAGAUGUGAUAAUGGAGGAGGAAAAGAGGAUGAUGGAUGCGAACCCUCCUCAGUUUUGGAAAGGCAGCAGAAGCCAUUUUAUAUACAUUAACCUGUCACCAUGCCAACACAUCUUUCUCAGACAUCCUUGUGUCACUAUCAGUGGCGGAUGGCUUCAUUUGUGCUUGUUAAUGACUAUGAACGCGUCAAUGUUUAAUCUAACCUGGCGUCAUGGUCGGAGGUUUUCUUUGGGCUACUUCCAGGAAGUGGGAAGUUUUGUUCAAAUUUUUUCCCUUUUUUCUUUUUUUAUUGCAAGCUGUGAUAAACACGGAAAAACAGAGCCAUGAAAUUUCUCACUGGUUACAAUCUGGACUAAACGUUUUUCUUAUCCUGUUGUCGUCUCAAAUGGACUGGGUUUGAUCUCUUCACUAAAUACAACUUUUCACCUUUGUUUUUUUUUAAUGACUUAAAUUGUGUCUUGACAACAUUUUUCUGUAAACCAGUGAAAUCGCAUGUUUAACAGAUUAAUUUAUCAACCUAGCGCACCUUAACCGACUGGAAGUUUGCCUGGUGAUGUCUGGAACAGAGCACUGCGAUCAAUUCACCAGUCUGUCGAGCACUCAGCGGUUUAGAAAUGAUAAAUAUUCUUAGUUUCAUGAUUCGUUAUAGCUUGCAUGUGUCCACAGAGUUCAGAAACUCUCAAAUCUAUAGCUCAUAUAUUAUUAUAAUGUCAGGCGUAUAUAAUGGAUAAGACUGUAUUCUUCACUAUACCUAAUAUUUUUGUUAUCUUUGGGAAAAACAAUGUAUGGUACCUCAAAAAAAGUAAAAGUGUCCUUGGUUAAAUAUAGGGCUUUUAAUAAUUCUGUGUAUUUUAACAACAACAACAACAAAAAACCUUCUAAUAAAUAUAGUUUACUUUUUUAAAAUGUAUUUAGCCUUUUAUUAAUAUUGUCAUUAUUGUGCCACUGAUUUUUUUGCCUUUUUUUUUUUUUUGCUCAAACACCAUAAAGGUAGACCUCAAGAUAUCUAGAAGCUUUCUAGUUCAUUGCACAUGAGCUUGAAGUGCUGGAACAAAUUAAAUAAAUGUUGCCCAUAGCCGUCUUGUUCAAAUUUUAGAUAAAGGUAUUCAUACUGAAAUAUUAACCUUACAUCUUAAUGUGUACAGAAAUGGUCACUUCAAGUAGUCAUUUCUGAAAUUGAAAAGAAUUAAAGAAAUGUUAAAGAUGUUUAAACAGAAGGAUUGGAAGAAUUAUAUAGAGUUGUUUAAAUAAAAUGAAUGAGAAUGUACUGUUAUAUUUUACUGAAAGUUUUGUACCCAGAAUUUAUACAUUAAAAAGAUUAAA